ACGCAUCGUCUACAAUGACCUGAACAAUAUUUCGCCUGAGCACUACACGAAGCAUAUCACCACACGUUUGGCAGAGAUCAAGGCCGUCGAGAGUCCGGCCGAUCGUUCAGCGCUCAUACAGAUAUUGGAGAGUACCUACCGUUUCGCGCUCGGUUCUCUGGCAGGCGCCGUGGGCGCCACUGUGGUAUACCCCAUUGACUUGGUGAAGACACGCAUGCAGAACCAACGCACAGGUUCAUUCAUCGGAGAAAUCGCUUACAGAAACUCAUGGGACUGCUUUAAGAAGGUCAUCCGCCACGAGGGUGUACUUGGUUUGUACCGCGGCUUGCUACCGCAGCUGAUGGGUGUUGCGCCCGAGAAAGCCAUCAAGCUCACUGUGAACGAUUUUGUACGCGACAAAUUUACCGACAAACAGGGUGUGAUAGCAGGGUGGUCCGAAAUUAUGGCCGGUGGUUGUGCCGGCGCGUCACAAGUGGUCUUCACCAAUCCUUUGGAAAUUGUUAAGAUUCGUCUACAGGUUGCCGGUGAAAUCGCGGGAGGAGCUAAAGUACGUGCCUUAUCUGUUGUGCGUGACCUGGGUCUAUUUGGCUUGUACAAAGGUGCACGCGCGUGUCUGCUGCGUGACGUACCGUUUUCUGCUAUCUACUUCCCCGCAUAUGCGCACACAAAAUCUCUGUUUGCCGAUGAAGAUGGUUAUAAUCAUCCGCUGACCUUACUAGCGGCUGGUGCAAUCGCUGGGGUGCCGGCUGCCUCACUCGUAACACCCGCUGAUGUGAUCAAGACCAGGCUGCAGGUUGUGGCGCGCUCAGGUCAGACAACCUAUACGGGCGUGUGGGAUGCCACAAAGAAAAUCAUGGCCGAAGAGGGGCCACGCGCCUUCUGGAAGGGUACUGCCGCUCGUGUCUUCCGCUCUUCACCACAAUUCGGUGUCACCUUGGUCACUUACGAAUUGCUGCAGCGCCUCUUCUAUGUUGACUUCGGUGGCUCGCAUCCAUCUGGGUCGGUGGUGAACAAACCAAAUGUCAUUGAUGAUACUGCACAAAAAUUCAAUCCCGAUCAUAUUGGAGGCUACCGCGCCGCUGUGCCUCUCCUCAACGGCAUUGAAUCCAAGUUCGGCCUCUACCUGCCCCGUUUCGGACGCGGAACGACGAGCACAAGCACCACAACUGGAUCGUGAUGAUUCGAUGUGGUUGGCAAUGGCGCCGAUUGUCGACAAAUACAUACACACAUAGUUGCUCUUAAAUAAGUCUACUGUUAAAUAAUUUUUAAUAAAUGUCUAUAAAAGAAUGUUAUUAGAAAUGGUAAAAAAAUUUAACGCAUACAUAAAUAAAACAAUUAUACAUAGUAAACGAAUUGAGCAAUUGUGCAAAUAAUAAAGAAGACACAUACACAAAUA